GCCGUAACUAUAAAUACGAUAAGGCAAGAAGUAUUUUCGAUAGAUAACAAGUAUUUUGAAUUGAUUACAGAUAUCUGUAUUUCCCAAAAAAUUCAAAAUACUGAUAAAAGAGUGAGUUUUAAGCUAACGUAGAUGGAUAAGAGACGGUAUUUCAAACAGAAGAAGAAAGUGACAUAAUGGCAUUAAAUAAAACUAAUUUCAGGUGAAACUUCCGUAUUUGAUAAUGAAAUUGUAAGUAAAAUACAGAAAUAAGCAUAAAAAUAAAAUUAUCAGUGUAAUUAUACGUUCCUAUCACUAAAUAUAUUUUAAUUUUAAUUUACCGCGGGCCAGCAGUGAAACGCAGGCGCAAGUAUACGUCGAAAAAUAACUUACUAUUUAUUUAGCGUGUGGUCCAGUUUGGGCGUACUUACAUGAGUAAAAUCGCUUGCUAACGGUGCUGCGCUGAUGAGAUUCCAGCUAAUAGCGCACGUAUAGGUAGGUGAUAAUAAGUGUUGUGAAAAAUUCAAGUAAAUUUCUAAUCCGCUAAUAAAGUGUGCCGGUACCGGUCAUUACCAGAUAGUGAGAGUGUCAAUCAUCAACAAACACCAUGAAGGAAUACACACAAGUUACAAUGCCAAACUAUUCGUAUAUGUUCAAUUUCGAGUCUGAUUUCAUUCAUCAAAAGAGCCGCACGUGGAUGCAAGACAACUGGACCUCAGGCUUCUGGGCUGUGGGCGUUUACAUGGUGCUCAUCUUCGGAGGACAAUAUUUGAUGCAGAAUCGGCCUAGAUUCGAACUGAGAGGUCUUUUGAUUAUAUGGAAUACUCUCUUAGCCACUUUUAGUAUAAUGGGUGCCUUUAGGACUCUACCAGAGUUUAUCUACACAUUGACUCAUCAUGGUUUGUACCAUUCUGUAUGCAUUCCUUCCUUCAUUGAAAACGAUAGGGUGUCAGGCUUCUGGACUUUUAUGUUUGUACUUAGUAAACUGCCAGAACUGGGUGAUACUAUAUUUAUAGUUCUUCGUAAACAGCCCCUUAUCUUCCUUCAUUGGUAUCACCACAUCACUGUGCUUUUAUACUCUUGGUUUAGCUACACCGAGUAUACAGCCAGUGCUAGAUGGUUUAUCGUUAUGAAUUAUUGUGUCCAUUCUGUGAUGUACUCGUACUAUGCCCUAAAAGCUAUGAGAUACAACCCUCCGAAGCAAAUUGCCAUGCUUAUUACUUCACUCCAGUUACUUCAGAUGUUGAUAGGUUGUGCUGUUAACUUAUGGGCUAGACAGUUACUCCAAAACCAAGCGGAAUGCCAUAUUACACCGUUCAAUAUCAAGUUGUCAAUUACCAUGUACUUCAGUUACUUUGUGUUGUUCGGAAGAUUCUUCUACAAGGCGUACAUGUCAGGAGAGAAGAAAUGGGGCAAAGCUAAGAACGCUCCAGUUACCGCAGAGUAUCCACUAUUAAAAUCUAAGGUGCAGUAGGUUUUUUAAAUUAAUGAUACAUUCCAAAAAUUGCAAACAUUCUAUUGUAGUGCUAUUUUACAUCAGUUUCUUUUUUUAGAGCAUUGAAAAUGUUGACUCCAUAGUAUGCUUAAUUUAAGCUAAACGAAUUACAGGAUAUGUCAUACAUAUUUGCAAAUUCUCUAUCUUUUAGCAAAUUCAUAUUUUCUUUUUAUCUUUACUCAAAAAUGUUUUUUAACUAAGACAUGUACAUUUUACAAAACAUUUAUUAUUGUUUUUGUCUUGUUUCCUACCAUAUUUUUUAAAAUCAAACAUGACUUUGAAUUUUAACAUUUAAUAUUUUGUCAGUAAUAAUUAUUGUGUUCAAUAUUUUAUCAUCAAAUGUUUUUGUUUAGUCAAGCUGAAUCAUAUUUUAGAUAAUUUUAAAAAAAGUAUGAUUCAAACAUUUUACCAAGAAAGAGUAAGGUUUGCAGGCAAACCUAAUUAUGAUUUUUUUUAAAUUAUCUGAUAUUUAAGUUGUAAGAAUGUGGAUGAAAUGAAGCUGGUUUUCCUAUGGUUGUACCCAAUUAUUUAUUUUAUUUUAAACUUUUCAUUUAAAAUAAAGAUAUGACUUGAAUAUUUUUUAGAAUUCCACAAAAAAUAUACUCUGUGUAUUUUUAUAAUAUACCUAAUUCAUAGAGUUUGAUAGAUUUUUGUAGACAAUUUUCUGCUCCUACUAGCUGUCAUUCUGCUCUUCUAUCCAUUGCAUUUAUAUUGCUUAUCACCUUUUCUUUAUUUCUGUGUUUAGUUUAUCAAAUUCUUAUUAGUAUAUAGCUGUCAAAGUUCUUCACCUUCACUGUUUCUAAUAAAAUAUUACCAAUAAUAGAAUUCUGUGAUAAUUCAUUUCCAAAUUUAUUGGUGGCAGAACCUUCUUUGUGAAAUUUAUUUCUGAUGUUUUGACACCUUUACUGCAUUUAGAGAUAUUUAUAAACUUACGUUAAGUGAGUUACGAGGCAUAUAUGUCCUGUAGUGAACAUUUGCCACAGUGCAUUACGACAGUCGCCACAGCCAACUGUUAGUGCAAUACAAGGUCUAUUUGUCUUGUAAAGCAGCCAAGGGGAACAGAAUUUAUAAUUUUACAUAUUUAUAAUAUCCUAUAUUAUACCAUUCUUAUGUUUUCUCCUUAUUUACUACUAUUGGAGGCUUUGUCAAAUGGUAUAUACCUAUGUGGUUUAAAGGAUUAUCUAUUAUAAUAAGACCACAACAUGACAUAUCCUUGAUUUUGCAGUAGUUGUUUAACUCAACACACGAAGUAGAUUUUAAAACUAUUUAAUAGUUAAAAUCAUUAUAGUUACCAGAUGAAACUGAUCUAUGUUUGACGAAUAUUUUCAAAUGGUCAGAGCGAGAAAUAAUAACAAGGUAAUGUGCAUAUUGAAUCUCAACUAGAGUUUGGUGCUUUUAAAAAAAGAGUAAAAAUCUGAUCAACAGUAUAAACUUGUCCAGUGUAUAUUAGUUUUUAACGAUGAUAGGAGAUGAUAUAAGUAUUUAUUUUUAUUUUUAGAGCUUUUGGUCACUAAAAUUUAAGCAUUGAAAUGGUAUUUGGUAUUACAGUGGAACCUGCUUAAUUCGAACUUCCAUAAUUCGAAAUCUUCUUUAAUUUGAAUUUUUAUUCUGGUCCCUAGCAUUUCCUAUAUAAGUAAUGGUAAAAAGUCGUGAAUAAUUCGAAUUAUAUUUUGGAUAAUUCGAACUUUUCUGCUAUCUUUUCUGAAUAUCUUAGAAUCUUUUGUCACUACUGAGAAGCUAAAUUCUAAAAAGCAGCUAAAAAUUUCGGAUCUCUUUGGAAAAAAAUAAAGUCUGUCUUUUUUAUAGCUUGCAAAUGUUUUAAUUGGUAUUUUCGGCCGAAUUUUGUUAGCCAAUUUUUUUAGGUUGACAAAACUCGGGCAAGAAUAGGAACAAAAACAUCUCCAAGCCAUAAAAAUGAUCAACUACUGUUUUUUUUUUGCUGAUAAACUACUGAUAUUUAUCAUUUCCAGAUGUUUUUGUAGGUAAUCCUUGUUUUUGUAGAUUUAUUUUUUAAUUCGAAUUUUUGGAUAAUUCGAAUUUUUUUAAUGGUCCCCUGAGAUUCGAAUUAUCCAAGUUUCACUGUAUUAUGUACAGUAGAACCCCGAUUAUCCGUGCUCGGAUUAAAAGCACGGAUUAUAAUCCGAACAUUUUUUCUUAUAAUACACAUUUAUGUACAUAACAUACAUACAUAUGUAUCUACCAUAAAAAGAUAACAGAAAAAAUAAAUCUUUCAUUAUGAGUCUCCCUCUCUAUGUAUAGAGUUUCUGUCGAGUGAUUUACGGUGACACUAUUUUGUUAAAACCUCAAAAAUACAACUUUAGUAAUAGAAAAUAAUAGUACAGAUAAUCUGCAGCCUGGAUAAUUCUCACACGGAUAAUCAGGGUUCUACUGUAUUUAUGAUCUAUUAUUCCACUACGUUUUGUCACCAUAUCAUCAUUUGACAAAUUUUUUAGCUCUAUUGAGUUUUAAAAUAUACCUACUUUUGUUAUAUUUGCUCUCUUUUAUUAAAAAAUAAGACAUUGCUCAGGAUCAUAAAUGUUAAGCAAUAAAUCGUGUCUUACUUUUCCAAACAGAGAAAAGAGUCAGUAAUAUGUAUGCCUAUAUCGUUGCCUUAAUACUAUAACUUGAUAACUCGAAAUUAGUAGUUUUGAGAUAAACGAGUUUAAAGAUUUUAAAGAUAUUUGUGCUGCUACCAUGAUGUUGGUAAAUAUGGAAUUCACUCUGCGGUUUGAAAAUACUGUUCCUUAACUUUUUGGCAACCAAUCUAUUUAGGAAUAUGGUGUAAAUUUGUUUUCCAAUAUGGAAAAAAACAUGAAAAAUUAAAGUUAUCAACUUUUAGCACUACCAUAAUGUUAACAUUUGGUAAUGUCGCAUGUUGUGCUAAGUCGCAUAUAAGUGAACUUUUUAACAUACCUAAUAUUUUAAACAUUAUUUUGUUGAAAAUUAGCCCUCUGCCAUGGGGGUUGCCAGAUCUGCUAACAAUUCUCGAAUUCUUGCAUUAAAAUGAACCGAAUAAACAGAUAGCAAUUAUGUGGUAAGUUCAAUGGUUUCAGAGAAAUAUGUGCUAAAACUAGAUAACUCGAGUUAUCUAGUUAUAGCAUUCAGUGUAUGUCGUAUUCACAAUUAUUUCGAUUAAAUAAUAGCUUGGUAACUUAUCUUGUCAAGUUUUAGCACUGAAUAUUAGUGGCAUUUGAGUUUUAUCAACUUUUGUCAAUCAUAAAUGAAUACUUAACCCGUUUGAAGUGAGCUAUCAAGGUUUUACACAAUAUGGAGGCAAAUAAAAUACAUCUUGUGAACUAGUUAUCUCAAAAACGUCAAUUUUGGAGUUAUCAAGUUAUAGUACUAAGGCGAUGAUAUGUAAUAUAAAUGUCGCUAACAAUCUUAAGUUACUAGAAUAGGUAGAAAUUUCAGCCAAUACAAACGAGGAAGUAAUUCACAACUAUUAUCAAUGACGCUCAGUGGAGAGAUAAGUCUGGAAGUUGGUUAUUUGCUGUUCUAUAUUGUUGAUAGAUUGAGAAUUACAAAUGAAUAAAAAUAGAAAAUAAUACAAAAUAUUCGCCUUCGGAUUUCCAUAGAUUCCUAAAGGAGAAAUAUUAACACAUUGACGAACAGUGCGUAAAAUGUAUAAGCAAGUGUUGUGACACUAAUAUGUAUUUUGCACAGUAGAAUAGGAAAAUUUUUGAAUUUCUUUUAGCACAUGGAUAUAGUUUGUGGAAACAAUGAGUUUUUUAACAUCUUUGUAAACAUGUGGACAAUGACCAUGGACAUCAUGUCACAUUUCAUAUAUAUCUGUAGAUGUAAUGUGUCAAAAAACCAGUAGAUUUAUUUAAAAAUAACUCGUUUUUUUAAAUGUCUAUAGAUAUUGUGUCAUAUUACUUCAAUGAAAAUUAGAUGUCUAUAGACGUUCUGUCCGUCAAUGUGUUAAAGGCAACAGUUAUAAGAAAAGUAAAAAAUCUGCUAUAUAUCUCAAUUUAAAAAAAGGGAUUGUAGGAAAAAAGAGAAAUCUAAUAGGCUAUUUUGUACAUGAAUGGCAAUCUCAUGAUACUGUUUUAGUAGUAUAGAAAUACUUACUAGAAUUUUUUCAUAUACAAAUAUGUUACUGUUAAAACUACAAGACUAGAGCAGGCUACAAAGAGAAGUAGUUGAAUUUGUUAUAAAUAUAUAGUUCAAAAUACAUAGACUUCUGAUAAAAUUAUAGUAAAUUACAUUGCCAAAUAUGCUUCAAAUAGCCACUGCCUCCAUGAAAAUGUGCCAAAGUCUAUUGUCAAAAAAAUUUUAUUUUCCAAACUUUUAAAAUGUUGCUGAGUUACCAAAUUUGUUAUUAUCUUUCCUCAACUUGUUUGGUACCAAUUAAGUUCUAUCGCAGUUGUCUUUAAGAAGGAUAUACAUAUAAUUUAUGAAAUUAUUUCUAAUUCCUAAUAGUUUGAUGGUGAUGUAAUGUGGAGUAAUAGAUUUUUAAUUAUUCAAAAUCUGAGAAAACAAGUAUUCUAGUAAAUUUAGUAUAUUGUGGAAGCUCAAAUUGUUGCUUCAUAGGUUACAAUUAUAAAUUCAGCACCACAUUAGGAUGGGAUAUUUAAGCACAAUAUCUAGAUAUUUUGUUUACUUUUAUAUGACGUUUUUGAAAAAAAGAGUGACAGAGAAUGUUUCGGUUUGUAAAUACGAGUUCCAUUAAACACACUGUAAAUUGCAAAAUAGUUUUCUUUAAAUGAAAAAAUGUUGUUUUUAAAUGCAUUUACGUCUGCGCAUUUAAAUGCAUUUACAUGAUACUUAUUAACAACCAGUAUAGAAUACAUAAUUUACUUAGUUGUUCAAAGUUUGCAUUGCUUGAGUUGUUCCACAGUUGGUAAGGUUUACUGAUUUUAUAAGCAAGUAUCAAGAAGGAGAGAAAUAAAGACAGAAGUGUUCAAUAUAUUUUACGGUGUGCUAUUAAAUAAACGUAUUGCCAUUGAAAAGCAUUUUAUUUUGAUUUCAGACAUUUUUACUAACAUAUCGUCGCCUCAAAGCAGGAUAUGUACAUAUCCUACUGUUGCACGAGCAAAUUUUGUGUUUUACUGAAAACAAAACAUGAUAGUGAUCAAAUUCAAUUACAAAAAUUAAAGCUCCUGAUGAAGGGGCACCUUCAAAAAAUAAUUUAUUAUUUGCAGUAUGAUUUUUGAAAAAAAAACUUAAUUCCAUGAAUAAGAAUAUAGAUGAGAUCUUCAAAUUUUAGCGAAUCUUGAUACUUGCUUUAAGUGAAUGAAUCUUUGUGAAAUAACUCAAAAGAAUUUACAAAACAGUUUGAGAUAUUUUAUAAAUACUUAAUAAUAUACCAAUAAGACUAUAUAUUGAAAUGACUCCAUUAUUUGAUAUAUCUGGAAUGGUUUAUAUUCCUCUUUACUGUUGUACUUGUUCGAUAGCUUAUGGCUGAGUUAAAUUAAUGAUAUGGGUAGCUACUGUAAGUGGGCCUUUUUAUACUGAAAUAUUUUAUAAUGUAACUACUAUUCACUUUUUUGAAUGGUUGAUUUUCUUUAAAUACUUUUCAUAAAUCUUUGACAUUAUUACAUUUUGCUGGCCCCUUUUAAACAAAAAAGUCAAAGAGUGUGGAUUAAAUGUGGGAACCAUUGUAUCAUUAUACAAGAAAGACAGUUUUUAAUAUAAUAAAACGAUUUGCAAGUAAUGCUAAAAUACUGAUUAAGCGAAUUACUCAUUUUUGGUUAAUAGAUAUGAAUGCUUUGGUUCAUUAAUUUUAUUAUAGCAUAUUAAUAAACCAAAAUAACAUAUUAUGAUACAUAUGGAAUAUUUUGAUAUUGGAUAUAUAAAAAAUAUGAAAUAUAAACAUUGAUAAGCAAUAUAGGUUUAUCACUUUUCUAACUUACCAUAGUUACAAUAUCAGGGACCUUACAUUGUUAUUUACAUAAUAUAAUAAGUUACUAACUUUUUUUGGAAAUAAAUAUUUUAUUUGCUAUCUUAUCAUAUUUUUAAAACAUUCAUGGUUAAUUUAAACCAUAAAAUUACUAUAAGUCACAACUAUUUGUACAUAGCAGAAAAACUUAAACUGUUUUGUGAUAUAAAAAUGGUCUUCAGAUAGGAAUGUAUGAAGUAAAUAAAAGAUCCUAGUCAUUAGGUUAAAUGCUGUUUAUUUUAAUAUUUAUUUUUCAAAUUUGUUGCAUGUCUUGAAAAAAUCAUACAAGAAAUUUAUGAGCUUAGGAAUUUUGGAACUAUUUUAUAUGAAAACUAUGCAUUAUUCCAAUGUAUAUACUUAAGUAGAACAAGUUAUACAUUAUUGAGCCAUUAUUUUAAUUUUUUGAAUUGUAACAUUUGCAUUUUUAUUCAUUAUUUAUAAAUUGUAAAUUUAACCGCACUUGAACAUUGAAUCGGAAUUAUUGGAAAUGUUUCAAGCACCCCUAUAUUUGUUUACAUUACUUCCACUGCUUAUUGAUUCAAAGUGCAAAUCAGUCUUUUGAGAUAAUUUAUAUUUUUAUUUUUCACUUGCAUAUUAUUUGUUUAUUUUACCUUGGAUAUGGUUACCAUAAACACACUUGUUAUAUCCUAGGGCAUAAUAAGCAGGAGUUAUGGCCUAUAACGCGCUUUUUUUCGGUUUUUGUCUCUGGUACUUUUAACCUUUUGACCCAUGCUUCAAAUGUUUGCUUAACUUAAGGUAAUUAGUGAUGCUAAUAUUCUUACUUACCACUAAAAUCUUCUUUACCAUUGAAUGCUUGGACCAUAAGGAACUCGGAGAAAACGUUUCAGCAAGAUUGCCGAAGUAUUUUCAGGGGGGCGCCAGACGUGAAAAUGUUGCACAUUAUAUUUUGUAUACUUUGGAUAACCAUAUAUAGUUUAAAGCAGCCGAAAAGCUAGGGAGAGCCACGGCCCCCCUGCCCAUGGGUAUGAGAGCCCAUGAAAGUAGGGGAGCAUUGGAUGCUAAAUUUGCAGAUACUAAAGCGUUAUGGGGACCUAUUGCUUUUGGGUUGUAAAAAUUAGGUCCGAAAACCAAAAUAAAUUAAGUUUUCCAUUUUAAUGGGGAGCUUCCAUUUUUCUAUUUAAUUUUCAAUUUCCAAAAAUUGAAAAUAAUUUGAAAAAAUGUCUCAAAUAAAAGUUACUUAUUUUUACGUAAGGAAUUCAAAUCUGCAAUAAAAAAUGGUGGUUCCUAUUUAAGAUUUCAAAGUAACCCCCACCCACCUCCGUGGGGGUCAUGUUUGGUACCCUUCGAUAAUUUUUGAAAAAUAUUAAACACAUAUUUUUCAGUCUUUCGAUCUGAUAUCGCGAAAUAUCGCGGGGUUCUUAUUUAAAAUUUUAAAUUCCCUAUAUUUUUCGAUAGUACUUUUUCCAUUGGAUGUGUUGUUAGUGAGGGCAAACUGGUCCAAAAUGACAUAUUUUCAAAAACACUCCCAAAAAACUUUAUUUAUGUGUCUACAAACAUUCAUUUAAGGCCAAAAGGGUUCUGUAGUUCAUGUAUCUUUCUAUUAAGGAGACAAAAAUGUUGUGUUAUUUAUUCAACUACUUCAUCUUUAGACGUUUAUUAAUUAUUAUAAAUUUUGAUUAGAUACACUUUUCCAAGAAAUUAAUACACCACCUUAAAAAUUGGUUAUUUUUAAUGUCUGUAAUUUCCUAAACCUGUUGUCCGAUUUAAAUGAUUUUUUUAACAUGUUAUGUUUAACGUGCUUUAUUUUUAAUAUGCUUUAUUCUUUAAACAAAAUCGCUGUAAUAAUAUUGUUGCUAGACAGGUAAAUUGUCAUUGUGUACCGGGUGUACCAAUCAAACUGAUUUUUUGUCGCGUCACUCUGUGGAAUAUUCUAGCAUUUAUAAAUACUGAAAUUAAAAUCCAACUAUAGCCUCAUGUUUUUUUAACAUUCUGUUUUUUGAUUCAUUUGGUUAUGUUGGAUAAUACAAAAGUUAGGUACUUAAAUAACUAGCCUUGUUUUUCAUCAAUACAGGGUGUUUUCAAAUGUCCGAUAUGCUCGCUAAGAGCGGUUCCAGACCCGUCGGCUGGAGAAAGAGGAGGUGGGUUUAGUCGGUAGGCGGCUCGUGAUAUAGAUAGGGCGGGCCGAAUCCGACACACCUGGGACACCUUCCCAGACGGUCUUAAGAAGAUAUCCACCUCCAAAAAAAAAAAAACAAAAAAAGGGUGUUUUUAAAUAAGUAUGGCAGACUUUAAGGGGUAAUUCUGCAUGAAAAAAUAUCCUAGUUUGCUUUAUAAACGUAUGUCCGCAAAUGCUUCGUUUCCGAGAUAGGGGAUGUUGAAAUUUUUCUUACAAACUGACGAUUUAUUUAUUGCUCUAAAACCGGUUGAGAUAUGCAAAUGAUAUUCGGUGGGGCUUAAAACGUAGUUAUUGCGCAUUUUUUGACAUACAAUUAAGAAUUUUUUGAAAAUGGUUAUUCAUUUUUAAGAAUUUUAUAUUUACCGUUGGCGCGCAUAAGGGUCAUAUUACCCGUAUGCGCGCCAAUGGUGAAUAUUAAAUUCCUGCAAUGGUGUGUUAAUUUCUUGGAGUAGUGUAUUAUAUAUGAAUAAAGAAUUUAUAUUGUAUUGCUCGAAUUAACCCUAAAUAAAGUUGAAGGCUGACAUAAAAUAGUUCCAGUUUUUAAGUGCAUAUUAUUCCUAUUUUUUUUUUGUUGUUUUUGUGAAGAACAGUGUUUUUGUGCAAGGUCAUAUACAUAUAUACACACAAAAGCUUUUACAAAAAUAAUAAAGUACAUUGUUCUGGGUAAUUACAAGUAUCACAUAAACCUUGUUAAAGUUGUUUUAGAAUUUUAGAAAAGAAUAUAAGUAGCAGUGUGAUAUUUAUAUUAAAAGUUUCUUUACAUAUUAGAAGAAUUCAUUACUAAACAUUUAAAAGACCUAUUUGAUUACUUCGAAUUAACUACAAAAGGCUUUGCACCUUUAUUUUAUUUCAUCAAUUCAAUAUCAAAUAGGCCUGGGUCCCGCGUACCAAAAAAGAGUUUAUUAAUGGCAAGCUGAAAAUUUGUUAAUACCUAAACGAUGUCUAGUCGGACAAACUUUGAUGUACGGAACAGGAUGUACAAACAGUGGAACAGGGGAAGUUUUAUCUGUAGAACAGGUUACAGGUUCCGAAGGUCAGACUACGGAAAUGUAUUUUGUCAGAAAAAACUUCCAAUUGAUUUUUUACCUUUUCCUUAAACUCUCAUGCAAAAAUCAGACUGCUAUUAUUUAUCACAAACAUAAUUCCUGUCAUUUGACUUGUUCUAUGUGUCGGGCUUAUUAAAAUGCCCAACAUAUUUGUCGGGCAAACAUUUUUUCAUAUAUUAUAUAAAGUUUGCUAUUGAAUAAACUUAAAAACAACCUGCUAGUUUUCACAAUCAUAAACUUGUCAGGAUGACAAGUUCCACAAUUAAAAUUACGUUCCACAAUUAAAACUUCCCCUGUUCCAGUGUUCCCAUACAUCAAAGUUAGUCUGACUAGACACUGUUGCUAUUAACAAAUUUUCAGCUUGCUAUUAAUGAACUUUUUCUUGUACGCGGGAUCCAGGCCUAAAAGCUGUAUAAAUUUAUUAAAUAAAUUACACAAUGAUUGUACCGAUGUUAGAUUGUGUAAUUUUUGAUAUUAACUUGAUGAAAGUUGUACUGUAUUGUUACAGUUAGCCUUCGAUUCAUACUUCUAUCAUUUAAUAUUUAUUUUUGUAGUUUUAGCAUAGUGGGUACUUAUUUAUUAUAGAUUUACAGUAAAUUUAAGUGAUACAUGUUGCUUAAAAUUGUUUUCCAAGAAAUGCAACCAGUCUCGUUGCUUAAGCGGUUGUGAAUAGUACCUAAUAAAUUGUUGUUUAUUUUU